AUGGACAGCAGCCGCCGGGCGCGCCGGGGUGUGACGGAUGACUCCAUGGACUCAGAGAGAAAGCGGCCGCGAUCUGCACCUGCCUCGCAUGCGCCUCAUGAACCAAGAGGGGAAGGAAAGUAUUUGGAGAUCAAAGGCUUGGAUGGAUCUACCUUUCAGCUCGAGGUUGUUGAUGAUGCAACCAUUCAAGAUGUUUACAAGAACAUCUCAGAGAAGAUCGGGCUGAAACCAGGCACCAAAUUGUUGCUGACUUCGGGCUGCACUAUCAUGGAUUAUUCCAGACCGCUGCUGCAGCAAGUGCAGCGUGGG